CUCAAAUUAAGCAUAAGUCUUACAAAAAAUGUUUUCCAUUUCCAGGAGUUUGUUUUUCUUUKUCGCUCCCUCCCGCUACGAAUCUUCAGCUGGGAGGAUCCUGUUCAGGUGCACAAAUCAGGAGGUAACCACCAAGGCAGUUAGGGCUGAACUCCGGACCGGACGCAGUCGGGUUUUGCUGUGGAGUUUCUGCAGCAGCGCUAAGCAGGAGCAUUAAGGUCAGAGCCAGUGGGGUCGGGGAGGUAAACCGCUAGACACCACCAGGCCCAGGGCUCCUCAACCUCUGUCUUUACCUUACCGCAGCCUCAUCUCCCUCAACAUCCAGCACAGCACUUGAUUGACAGGUAGGCUCGCCCAAUCCCGGAGCGGCGCAGACCGCUGUCGCGUCGGGGACGGGGAAAGGGUAUACGGAGCGUAUCAGAUUGGGCCGGGAAAUGGUUUCCUGCCGGCGCGGCCCCGCCCUCUCGCCGCGCGGCCCGCCCCUCUCCAGAGAGCUACGCGGCGGCGGAGCGCAGGCCUCGUGCCGUAACGGCCAUCCCGGCGGCCGCGGCGGUGUCCCUGUGCCCUCCUCAAGUGACUGGAGCCGGCUGGGCUCGGCAGAGGGAAGUGCUAAAGCUGCUAAAAGAUGGCAGAAGAAGUGGUAGUAGUAGCCAAAUUUGAUUAUGUGGCCCAACAAGAACAAGAGUUGGACAUCAAGAAGAAUGAGAGAUUAUGGCUUCUGGAUGAUUCUAAAUCCUGGUGGAGAGUUCGAAAUUCCAUGAAUAAAACAGGUUUUGUGCCUUCUAAUUAUGUGGAAAGAAAAAACAGUGCUCGGAAAGCAUCUAUUGUAAAAAACCUAAAGGACACUUUAGGCAUUGGAAAAGUGAAAAGAAAACCUAGUGUUCCAGAUUCUGCAUCUCCUGCUGAUGAUAGCUUUGUUGACCCAGGGGAACGUCUCUAUGACCUCAAUAUGCCUGCCUAUGUGAAAUUUAACUACAUGGCUGAGAGAGAAGAUGAAUUAUCAUUGAUAAAAGGGACGAAGGUGAUCGUCAUGGAGAAAUGCAGUGAUGGGUGGUGGCGAGGUAGCUACAAUGGACAAAUUGGAUGGUUCCCUUCAAACUAUGUAACUGAAGAAGGUGACAGUCCCUUGGGUGACCAUGUGGGUUCUCUGUCAGAGAAAUUAGCAGCAGUUGUCAAUAACUUAAAUAGUGGGCAAGUGUUGCAUGUGGUACAGGCUCUUUACCCAUUCAGCUCUUCCAAUGAUGAAGAACUUAAUUUUGAGAAAGGUGAUGUAAUGGAUGUUAUUGAAAAACCAGAAAAUGACCCAGAAUGGUGGAAAUGCAGGAAGAUCAAUGGAAUGGUUGGUCUGGUACCAAAAAACUAUGUUACCAUUAUGCAGAAUAAUCCAUUAACCUCAGGUUUGGAGCCAUCACCUCCACAGUGUGAUUACAUUAGGCCUUCACUCACUGGAAAGUUUGCUGGCAACCCUUGGUAUUAUGGCAAAGUCACCAGGCAUCAAGCAGAAAUGGCAUUAAAUGAAAGAGGGCAUGAAGGGGAUUUCCUCAUUCGUGAUAGUGAAUCUUCGCCAAAUGAUUUCUCAGUAUCACUAAAAGCACAGGGGAAAAACAAGCAUUUUAAAGUCCAACUAAAAGAGACUGUCUACUGCAUUGGGCAGCGUAAAUUCAGCACCAUGGAAGAACUUGUAGAACAUUACAAAAAGGCACCAAUUUUUACAAGUGAACAAGGAGAAAAAUUAUAUCUUGUCAAGCAUUUAUCAUGAUAUUGCUGAUCAAAAUGACUGCUCUACAGCUUUAAUUCAUCAUGUAAUUGACGACAGGAAGUGUCAGUCCAAUCAUGCUUGAUUGGAAAUUGCUGUUUCUAACUCUCAGAAUUGACUAUAAUACAUAAGUAUUUUUAUUAUAACUCAGCCCAUACAUUAUAUACUACAUAUGCAAUGCAUCUGCAUAGAACAGUUCUUAUCCUUGGUCUUCUAUUUUACCGUUUCCUUCUUUGCUGUUUUUCUCUUUGCUUCUAAUAUUAAGGUUUUAUAU